AGCUGAAGAAGAAGGACUUCAUUAUGACUACUGAAGGCUUUGAAGAAAUUCUGAGACAAAUCAAAGAGGAAAUGGCAAAAGUUCUAAAAUCAACAGAAAAUGCUGCAACUAAAGAGGAGUAUGAUGAUCUGAAGAAGAAGCUAAUAGACCUUGAAGCUAAGAUGUCUGACAAAGAGGAGGGAAAACUGGAAAAUGAAAAAGAACUUGCAGAACUAAAGAAAACAAUUACAGAUCUUGAAUCACAGAUGUGUAAAGAAAAGAAGGAAAAGCUUGAGAUGGAAAUUGAGCAAGUUAAAUUGAAAAACAAACUUACAGUACUAGAGACUCUUGUUACAGAACAGAAAGAGGAGAUGGCAAAACUUAAGACAGAAACUUCCUCAGGUCAAAGUCAGGCAGGUUAUGAGCAAACUAAGUUAGAAUGGCAGAAAGAGACGAUAGCAUCAUACUGUAAGAAUUUGCUAAAAGUACCAGCAAUGCCUUUACUACCACGAGGUCAGAAAUGUGACUUCAGUGAGAUUUAUGUUAGACCCACUAUAACAAGAGAAAUAAAAGGAGAGAAAGGGGAGAUUGAGGAGAUUGAGGUCACGUCAAUGUCAGAAAUCUUCAUAAAGAAUGGUGUGCCUUUAAAACAUAUAUAUGUUCUUGGAGAUGCAGGGUCUGGUAAGAGUAGUUUUUGUAAAUAUUUGGUCAACUGUUGGUGUUUGGCACACAGUGAUGAACAAAAUGUAGAAGAUGAUUUUGAUGCGGUUAAGGAAAUGAAGAAAUUUGAUUUCAUGUUUUAUAUCUCGCUUAGACAUAAUCAAGACAUAGACAGUGUCCAGGAUAUGAUUAAAAAUCAGUAUGAUAUUGACAUUUCUAGCCCAAUUCACAAAAAGGACUCUGCAAAGAUCAUAAUAUUGCUUGAUGGCUUAGAUGAAUGGUCUUCUGAAAGAAAGUCGUACAAUCAGUUCCAGGCAAUGGGUCUCCCUAAACAGGAUGUUAAUAAAGACUAUACAAUUGUAACUACAUCACGGCCAUGGAAAGUUCACACCUUGGGAAUAAGUGAGACAGAAAUUGAACAGUUACUGAAUCUAAAAGGAUUUGAUUGGAGAUGUGAAAAGGAAAUGGUAGGAAGAACUGUCUCGCAGUUAAAUUCCAGCAGGCAUGCUAGUAAAGAUGCCAGUGCUUGUAAACAAAAGCUAAAAGAAGAGUCUCUGAAAAGUUUAAAACAGCUACCAAUAAUGCUACAACAACUGAUAUGUCUAUGGUUUGAUGGUAAACUCGAUAAAACCUCAAGAUGUGCCAUCUACACCGGUAUGUUAGAAUUAUUCUUUACAUGGAAUGACAUGAAAACUACAGGAACAAGUACUCCACUUAUGAAGGGUGCUCAGAAAGUAGAUCUUCCUAAAUACUUAGUCGAUAAAAUCAUAUUAAAAUUAAACAGCCAUUUCAUUUAUGAAGUGUCAAAGUUGGCUUAUGAGACACUAUUUAAUUGUCCAAAGGAUAAAUCCUUGACAUUUGACAUUUGUAUGUUUGAUGAACUAGAAAUAUCAGCUGAAGUAAGAGAAAAUUGCUUGAAACUUGGAAUAAUUACAGAAGAUGAAUGUCCAAAUUUUUCUGUAUCAGAACCACCAAGGUCAUUGUUCUCUUUUAUUCACAAAUCAAUGCAAGAAUUUCUGGCUGCAGUGAAUGUUGGUAUAAAUUUCAAUGCCAAAAUUUGUUCAUCAGAUUGUACAGAAAAUGAUGAAUUAGCCAAAAAGUUUAUUAAUGAGGUUUUUCAGAAAUGUUCAGCAGUAAAUGACAUAUUAGAACAGUCAAAUGUUAUCAUUAUGCUAUGUGGUCUUGAAUCUAGAUUAGCAACGCAUGUUUCAAAAUACAUAUAUGAUACUAUGUCAGAAGACUCUCGUGUUCAGGAAUACAGGAGAACAAUAAGAAGUGACAUUUAUAGGGAUCUUCGUUGUAUUACUGAUAUUCAAAAGCUUAUGUUUGAGUCAAUGAAAGAAUUAAAUGCAUCAUUUAGUAUAGGAAGCAAUCCUGUAUUUUAUAUAGGAGAUUUGGUCAUUUAUAAUUGGGAGAAUCUUGAAAGUGUUUGUUCAAGUAUUGAUCAGAAACAAAUUGUUCCUGACUCUGUUCUGUCUAUUAAUUUAGAUAACGUGAACACAGAAAAUGUUAAAUUUACAAAAUAUUUACCAAUGUUUCAUCGUCUUGAAAAAAUUGCAUUAACAUACAUGUAUUCAUUUUAAAUUAAAA